GUAGCUAAUGCCGCCUUUGGAUCUGCAACUGACAACAACAUUUGAUCAUUCAACUUUCCGCAGGAGAGCUUCUUUGGGACAAGAUCUAGCGGUUCCGUAUGUGUGCAUUUAGGAGAUGCAACACUACAAACAACGUAACCCCCCAGUAUCGCAGACUGUAGCGACCUGAAUCAGACCCGAGAUCUAAGAAUACUACGACUGGCAACUACAUUAUCGACCAUCCAUCAACUCAGAGCCUCGAGUUGUGCGACUAUUAUGGACUUCAGUACUGCAUUCUUUCAGGAGUUUUCCGAAGCCUAUUCCGAACGGGAUGGCUACCGGCUUGCGCGGACUGUAACACCAGAUCUCCCGACUGACAAGCUGUGGAAGAUCUGGAAGAGUCAGAAUGCUCACAGCAUCAGAAGCUUUCUCAAGCGUGGGCUCCAGGGGAACGUUGCAUUUGCCGAUCACGAAGAGUUACAGGGCUGGGUGGAAGUAUAUGCGGUAUACUGGAAUGCCGUGGGAGAGAUCUUAGUUGCCCUCGUGUCGAGCAACGAUGACAAGAGCAAGUCAUCAGAACUGGUGUGGACAAGGGCGUACCAGGCAUGGACUGAGCUGUUGAACGCACUCCUCCGAGGAUACCAGAACUCCAAGUUCAAGAAUUGGACCAUCAUCUGCCUGUACACUGUGUGCAAGCACUUGCGUAUCUUUGCGAUGAAGGCAGAUGACGAGCGCAACAGCAACAACUUCGUCGAUGACAGCCCAGCAGUGAACUUUCAAGACGACUUCGAUCCAGAGACCAACAAGCGCCAGAAGUUGGAGGACUGCGUGAGGCAGCUCUUCAAAGCCUUUAACGUCUGCCAGCAGGAUAGGGCAGCACUCGAGGAGUCUCGCAAGUGGGGAAGCUACUACAUCGCCAACUUGCUUCUCAAGUCGUACUUCAAGCUGAACUCGGCCUCGUUGUCCAAGAACAUUCUCAAGAGUCUCCACGCUGGGGGCAAAGACAUGCCCGACUUUUCAGCCUUUCCCAAGUCCCAGCAAGUAACGUUCAAAUAUCACGAAGGGGUAAUUGCGUUCUUGGAGGAAAACUACGCCCACGCUGAGGCUUGUUUGACCGAUGCAUGGAACGGCUGCCACAAGGAUGCAGCGAAGAAUAAGGAGCUUAUUCUUACCUACCUCAUCCCGUGUCAUCUCAUCACAAGUCACACUCUCCCGACCGAGGCGUUGAUGAAGCAGUAUCCGAGGCUACAGAAGCUAUUCCUCCCGCUAUGCCGGUGUAUCAAGAGGGGCGAGCUUCACAAGUUCGAUCUCGCCCUGCAGGAAGGCGAAGACGAGUUUGUCAGGCGUCGGAUAUACCUCACGCUGGAACGGGGUCGUGACAUUGCGCUGCGCAACCUGCUGCGGAAAGUCUUCACCGCCCGCGGCGUCGAGGAGGCUAAGGAGGGGGAGAAGCCCGUUCGGCGCACCCGCGUGCCGGUCGCUGAGUUUGCCGCCGCUAUCAGCCUCGGCAGCCAGGAGAAGAUCGACAUUGACGAGGUCGAGUGCCUGUUGGCGAAUAUGAUUUACAAGGGCUUUAUGAAGGGAUACAUUUCCCGCCAGCACGGCAUGGUGGUACUCAGCAAGAGCGGGGCAUUUCCUGGUACCGGUGUAUGAGUGAGGGUUGGCGUGCUUUGACCGAAGCCAACGGUGCACCAUCCUUGGGGUUUGGUAAAUUUACAGAGUGGUCGACCUCCCGUAGUAACAUGACUGCAAGAAGGGCGCACUGGACCUGAUCUGAUGCGGUCUAGAGAAUGUCCGGACAUUGAUCAGAAUUCGAUGGACGGGUUGUGGUGCCGCCCUUAUCAGCAUGUUUGGAGACCAACCGUGGGUCUGAACAGCCAAGCCGUGUAUAUCCCUACCGCUGCAACCUGCGGGCUUUAUCACGGCUCUCCCUGAUCGAUACCUGGUACUAGUGAUUAUCAGCAGACGCCCGUGACAUGUCGAAGGUGCGGCAAUCACCAUCACUGAGGUCAGCUGGGAUGAUGAGAAGCGACCAAAUGACCAAUAACUAUUCAUUGAUAUCUAUUCUUGGAGCCCGGACCAGACUCGAUUGCCA